AUGUCGUCCUCCUUGCAAAUGGCCUCGGGCCUUCUUGCUCGAUCAAGCCGCAAUCCGAUCGCCCUUGAAUCAGCCUCACAACGCGCCUUCGCCAUUCCCCGAACAACUAUCAACUCGCAAUGUCGAGCUUACACCCAAACACAACGACCCCGGUCUCCGCAGAGCGCGUGGUACAUGCUCUCUGGUCGGAAUAACUUCUCAACAACCGCAUUGCGAGCUGCUAGCAAGCCAACCAUGGGCCAAAUCAAGCAACGCAACUUCACCGGCCCAUUCUCGUGGAAAUCUGCUCUGCUUUUCGCCAUCACAGGUGCGGGCAUGAUGCUGUACUUCCGUGUUGAAAAGGCGCGUUUGGAGCGGAAACGUAUCGCGGAGUUGAGUAAGGGUGUUGGCAAGCCGAAGGUUGGCGGUCCGUUCGUUCUGAAGGACCUUGAAGGAAAAGAGUUCACGGCGGAGGAUUUGAAGGGGAAAUACAGCUUUGUUUACUUCGGCUUCACUCACUGCCCCGAUAUCUGCCCCGAUGAGCUGGAUAAGAUGGCCGAGAUCAUCGACAAGGUCAAGGCUGCUACCAAGAGCGACAAGGCCUUCUUACCCGUCUUUAUCACCUGUGACCCCGUCCGUGAUACCCCUGAAGUUCUGCGCGAAUACCUGAAGGAGUUCCACCCGGAUAUCGUGGGCUUGACUGGUACUUAUGCGCAGGUCAAGAAUGUCUGCCGCCAGUACCGCGUUUACUUCAGCACUCCCAAGGACGUUAAGCCGACCGAUGAUUACCUGGUUGAUCACAGUAUCUACUUUUACCUGAUGGAUCCUGAUAACGACUUUGUUGAGUGCAUUGGCCGACAGGAUACCCCGGAGUCUGCGUCUAAGGUUAUUCUGGAGCAUAUCAAUGACUGGAAGCGAGAGGGUAAGCCUCUUGCAGAGUAA